AUGCGGCGACCGCAUCAAAAUCUAGCUACUGGCGCUCUCAUCAUCUCGUCUUUGUUAUUGCUGUGGCUCCUCACAUAUUCUGCUGCAACACGCGGCUGGGCUGUACGACGACGGCCUACUUACCAGGCGAGCCCGAACAUUACGGCCGAGCUCGAGGCCGAGAAUUUUCGCCUGCAGGCCGAUCUUCAAGCGGCUAAAGAUCAACUGAAUUUAAAUUUUGCCAAUCAGAUACAGAAUGGAGGCGAAGAAGUGGAAAAGAUACAGGACGAGGAUGGAAGAAUGCAGGGAUCAAGCCAGAGGCACAGCUUUGCAUACGUUUUUUACGCAACCACGAGUCCAUACGCUUGCUCCGUAUUGGUCAGCAUACACCGGUUAAAGGAGCUCGGCAGCAUAUACCCAAUAUACAUCUUACUUACACCGACCGUGAGUGCCAGAUACAAACAAGCAUUCGAAGCUGCAGGAGCGAAAAUCUACAUACAAGAAGCGCCACCGCUCAAAGACAACAAUGCUGGAUACUACAAGGACUGUAUGCUCAAACUCCUCGCCUUCAAGAUGCAAGAGAUGGAGCCGCAUCUCAAACGAGUCAUGUCUUUCGACUCCGACCAGCUGGUGAUGCGGAACCUCGACCCCUUGUUCGCCGGUCUCCCGGACGUCGAUCUCGCAGCACCACGCGCAUACUGGUUAGCGAAGGACUUUCUCACGAGCACAUUCCUGAUCAUCGACCUCUCCGAGCGCUUGUGGCGCACGGUCAAGAGCGCUUUGGACAGUGUGGGCUAUGACAAAUUCGACAUGGAUCUCAUCAAUGACUUGUUGGGCGAUACGGUGAUGAUGCUAAGCGGCGAGUAUGUGACUAUGAACAGUCAUUGGGAGGACUGGAAUCUGCCGAAGUGGUAUCACCCGCAGGCGGAGCUGAAUAUGACGAGUAUCGAGAAGUGGAAUGAGGUGGUCAAGAGCGGAGGUGUAAAAGCUCGCGAUGUGGGAGAUGGGCAAGAUCAUGCGGAUGGUUCUCCCUCACCGAACGCUCCAUUCAGCGCGACUAUCGAUGCACCGGCACAACUAAUGCCUGGCUCACGUCACAACGGCAUCGAAGAACAGAAGGCCCCUCCGCCACCUCCUAUACCCUCAUCAAAUCCACGCUUCCCAGACAGCCAUCCUCUCAGCAUCGAGCUGGACCGCCUGCAGGAUGCUGCAGCUGUCAUACACUUUUCCGCAGUGGGUAAGCCAUGGAUCAAGACCCAUGCAGAUAUACGGAUGCAGAGACCGGAUGCACAUCCUCUGCUCGCUGAGCAGUUUGCGCUGUGGCGGGAGAUUGCGCAGGAGGUGUGUCCUGGCGGGAUCCCAUGA